AUGUACUGCGGUCUUUAUCACUCGUCAUUUAUCGACAUCGCUCGUUAUCCAUCCUUCGAAGGAAAUAUGCAACGGAUUCUGAAUUCAGUGCAGGAUCAAGAUGGACCCACGAUGGUAAUUACACCAUCGCCUCAUGAGACAUGCGUGGACGACGAUAUCGCCCGGCCAGAAAAUGCUCUCUUGACCGACAAUGCUAAUCCAGCAUCGGUCAAUGAUCUCGCAUUCGGUUUUCCUGCCAUACGGACUUUUCAACUCAGACGAUGUCCAAUAUCAGAUGAAGGAGGCAAACCAGAAGAUCAAAACUUCUAUUGUCCAGGUUGCUUGCUCACCUGGGACUACCAACAAGGUAGAAUAACCGUGUUACAGUCGAUAGCGAAAACAGCUUCCACCCUUCUGAUCGCUUUUCUUUCCUCCGGCCCCACUGCCAAGGCCUUAGCAUAG